CGCCGAGGCGCGGGCCAUCAGAGACGCGGGCGCAGCGGCGGAAGCGGGGUCCCCAGCGGCAUGCCAGUGCCCCCCGGGCGCGAUGGCUAGCGGCAGCGCCGGGAGGCCCACCGGCGAGGCCGCGUCUUCGGCUCCCGCGGGUGCCGUCGGCGGGCGGAAGAGGCUGAUGUCUGUCUGUGAUCACUGCAAGGGCAAGAUGCAGCUGGUGGCCGACCUGCUGCUGCUGUCCAGUGAGGCACGGCCAGUGCUCUUCGAGGGUCCCGCCUGCGCGGGCGCCGAGUCUUUCGAACAGUGCCGGGACACCAUCAUAGCGCGCACCAAGGGGCUCUCCAUCCUCACCCACGACGUCCAGAGCCAGCUCAACAUGGGUCGCUUCGGAGAGGCGGGGGACAGCCUGGCAGAGCUGGGCGACCUGGUGGUGUCACUGACCGAGUGCUCUGCGCAUGCCGCCUACCUGGCGGCAGUAGCUACGCCCGGCGCACAACCCGCACAGCCCGGCCUGGUGGACCGCUAUCGAGUGACCCGCUGCCGGCACGAGGUGGAGCAGGGCUGCGCCGUGCUGCGGGCCACCCCGCUGGCUGAUAUGACCCCGCAGUUGCUGCUGGAGGUGUCGCAGGGUCUGUCGCGCAACCUCAAGUUCCUGACGGACGCUUGCGCCCUGGCCAGUGACAAGUCGCGGGACCGCUUCUCUCGCGAGCAGUUCAAGCUGGGCGUCAAGUGCAUGAGCACGUGCGCGUCGGCGCUGCUGGCCUGCGUGCGUGAGGUGAAGGUGGCGCCGAGUGAGCUGGCGCGCAGCCGCUGCGCGCUCUUCAGCGGGCCGUUGGUGCAGGCGGUGGGCGCGCUGGUGGGCUUCGCCACAGAGCCGCAGUUCCUGGGCCGAGCGGCUGCCGUGAGCGCCGAGGGCAAGGCGGUGCAGACCGCCAUCCUGGGCGGCGCCAUGAGCGUGGUGUCGGCCUGUGUGCUGCUGACCCAGUGCCUCAGGGAUCUGGCGCAGCACCCCGACGGGGGCGCCAAGACGUCGGACCACAGGGAGAGGCUGAGGAGCUCGGCCUGCGCCGUGUCUGAAGGCUGCACCCUGCUAUCUCAGGCUUUAAGGGAGAGGUCUUCACCCAGGACUUUACCGCCAGUGAAUUCCAAUUCUGUGAAUUAGCACCCCCUCCCCUUAUUUCACCCCCAAGCUAAGGGAAGACACUUAUUCUCUGCCCCUCUCCAUGUAUACCAAAGAAAUCACAGGUGGACCCCGUCCCACGCCCUAUGCUCAGUGCUCCAGAGGAAUCUUCGGAAAGGCAGGACCAAUGGUGCCUGGCCUGAGCCACCCCGUGUGGCAGAGGAAGGUUGUGGAUAAUGGUCUCGGUAUUACCCCUCACCCCACCCUAGUUCAUCUACUAAAUUGAUAAUUAAUUGGGCAGGAAGGUGGUCAUGGGUUCAUUUUUUUUUUUUUAAUUGAAAGAAAGGUUACCUCAGUUUUCACACCUUAGACAUGGAUGUAGCUACCUUUUGUAUGUUUUUGUUUUUUUUUUUUUUUUUAAUUAGGAGUAUACUUGGUGUGGAAAGAGUAUGACUUUGCUAUGUGGUUUGCAAAUGGGGGGAAGCUACUGUGAGCGUGUGUCUUAUUUUUAAUUUACACUAUAGAGUGAUUUUCCCCCCCAAUGUCAAGUUUUUACCUUGCAUGUACUGGAGUAUUUAUUUCAUCUAUUAAAACGUUAUGUUUCUCAGAUGGCCUUUUGCAGUUAUUGUUGGCUUUUCAGUAACUUGUUUGUAUGGUGCCUGUCACCUCUGGAGAAGAAAAAAGGAAAGGCUACUCCAUAGUGGGAGGGUUCCCAGCCCUCACUGCCUUUCUCCUAAGAACUAUCCCUUUAAAGAGCCUAGAAAUCAAGAAGAGACAAAUGUAUGUAACAUUGUAUUUUUUUUUUUUAGAAGGCAGGUGACAGGUCGGUUGUGAUGGACAGUUAGUGUGGGUCGUCUCUUGGUGUCUGGGUUCCCUGGGAAGUAAUUUAACUGCCUUUGUCUCUUCUCAUCUUCUCCCCCUUAAUGAACCCUGCAUCAGGUCACCGAAGUCUGAUUUGUAUUCUGCCUGUUUCCAGAUGAAAGCAUUUCCUAAUCCUGUGUGGGACGCUGGCCUUCCCCCAGUUUGGAAGAUCUGUUCUCAGGCCUUAAAGGGCUGUGUAUCAGUGAGAGGACUGAGCACUGCGUACCAGGACUUCAGGAAAAAUGAGGCUCCUAAACUGGUAGAGGAAGGGGUAUGCUGGAAAGUUACAAACUUCCUAAGCCACUCCAUAGUUGCAGCAAAGUGCUGGCUUUUGUGACCUUGACCUAAGACAUUCUGUGGUUGAUUGUAUGUUGAAAGAAUGCUUUGUUGAUUGAAAUUUGGAGUUAGGUUAAGAUAAUUUGCCUACUCUGUAGACAUUUAAAGGAUUUGGGGUGGGGAGUUAGUAAGAGUGGAGUGUAAAAUUUUGCUGAACCUGGUUAAAUAUUGAGCACUUUCAUACUUGAUUUGCAGUUCUUGAAGUCUGGGAGGGUCACCUGGAUUAAAAACAUUCAUGCUUUAAAUGUUUCCAAUUUAUAUUUUUCUUGGGAAUUAUUGUGCUUAAACCUUGGCCACACCCACAGAUUUAAAGCAUUUUUCACUCUUAAAACAUUAGGGAGAGGAAAGGCCACUCUGUUGAAUGGCCAUGUUUAUUCCAAGGAUAUGAAAUUCAAUGAGGACAAUAUCUUUAACCUGUUUUGGAUAAGACCAGGAUGAUGUCAGUGUUCUCAAUCUGUAGUUCGAAAAGGCUGAAAAUGUGAGGGCACAUACAUCUUUUAAAAUGGCCAAGGGAGCUGUCAUUUUUCUCUCUUAGGUCCUGGCAGGUGAAACCUGUUGUUUUUUUGAGGCAGGGUCUCACUAGGGGUCCCAGGCUGGCCUUGAACUCUUUCCUCUCUCAGCCUCCUGAGCCCUGGGAGGUUUAAGUGCAAGUAGGCCCAGUUUAGAUUUAACUUGUUAAAGUAAAAGAUGAAAAAUGACUGCGAAUAUUUAUCCCCCUCCUCCUUCCAUAAGGUAAUCUGGAUCAGGUUCAGGAAGAUUUUGGUGGUGAGGCAGUGGGACGUCCAUGCCCAUGACAAUCCUACAUGCAUCUAGAAAUUCUUUGUUUUUGUCAGUUGGGUUUAUAUAAGUAGUGAUAAACCCUAUAAUUGUAUGGUUCAUUGAGUCAGUGCACAUCACAGAGAGUAAACUAAAAGGAACAGACUCAAGUGCCAGAAAUUUAUGAAUUUGAUAUUUGAUUAAGAACAAAAGCAGUGCCAAUUUUCUUCUUGGCUUCAUUCCCUUGCAGAAGUAGCCAAAAAGAAAA